GCUUUACAGAAGUGGCGCAAAGGGGGCGUGCCUACCUUUUUCUCUCGCGUUGCAUUUCUUGUGUUGACAUCCGCUUCAGUUUAGUCUGAGUGUCAAAAAUAAUUAUAUUUUAUUUUUCAGAUAACAAAAUAAGCGAAUUCAACGUCAACAAUGGAAAGGAAUCCUGGAUGUGAGCUCGAUCUGGCAUGGGUGAACUCUGUGAUUGUGGACCUUCCGGCCGUGAAAAGGCGAGCAGACACCAUGGGCACCAAGCGCACUGUCAAGAAGGAGUGGCAGGCCGCCUGGCUGCUCAGAGCCAUCUCCUGCAUUGACCUCACAACUCUCUCAGGUGACGACACUGCGGCCAAUGUGAUGCGUCUGUGCCACAAGGCGGCGCGGCCGGUGCGCGGUGACAUUGUCUCGGCGCUGGGCGUCCAGGAGCUGGGCGUCACGUGCGGCGCCGUCUGUGUCUACCCGAGCCGCGUGCCGGACGCGGUGGCCGCGCUGAAGAAGAUCGGCGCCGCACACAUCCCGGUGGCCGCCGUGGCCACCGGGUUCCCGUCGGGUCAGUUCGCCCUGAAGACCCGUCUGGAGGAGAUCCGGCUGGCCGUGGCGGACGGAGCGGCCGAGAUCGACAUCGUCAUCAACCGCGAGAGGGCGCUCUGCGGCGACUGGAAGGCGGUAUAUGACGAGGUCAGACUGAUGCGCGAGGCCUGCGGAGAUGCGCACAUGAAGACGAUCCUGGCGGUGGGCGAGCUGGGAUCGCUGGUCAACGUCUACAAGGCCUCGCUGGUCUGCAUGAUGGCUGGCGCCGACUUUAUCAAAACCUCCACCGGCAAGGAGGGUGUGAACGCCAUCCUGCCCGUCGGGGUGGUCAUGUGCCGCGCCAUCCGCGCCUACCACGAGCGUACCGGGUACCGGGUGGGCUUCAAACCGGCCGGCGGGAUCCGCUCGGCCAAGGACAGCCUCGUCUGGCUGAUCCUGAUGAAGGAGGAGCUGGGGAACGCCUGGCUCAACAGCACCAUGUUCAGGAUCGGCGCCUCCAGCCUGCUGGGCGACAUCGAGAGGCAGCUGUUCCACCACGCGUUCGGCCGAUACGCCGCCGCUGCCGAGCUGCCCAUGGCCUAGGAGCGGAAGGGGCUCCGACACCGGAUGCUGGGGUAGGAGCUCUGUGGGUGAACACAGACCGAGUACGAGUGAGGAGCUGGAACAGACUGCUUGGCUCGGACGAACUCAGCGGAUAAGGUGCAGAGAAGAGGGCGCUGGUAGCUGACGGGUAGAUCCACAGGUGGGGCGGCGGCUUGCUCCACGAAGGUAGAGCGUUGCUUGGGCUCUAGCUGCGGUUAGGAUUGCUACUGGUGGCAUUAUUGACAGGCCUUGCUAGCCUGUAGCUGUCGCCUGUCGGUCUAUGGGUACAUUAGGCAGGUGGCCGCUGUGGCCUUGUAACGUAGUGCAAUUAGCGUAUAUCAAAAUAAGCUAUAUCUCUGGGAACAAUAAUCUGCUGGUAGCUGUAAUUAUAGAUGUGCAAUGUGUCGACAGCAAUCUGUGCCAUUGUGUGACGAUGUGGGCGUGGCUCCCUGCUUGCUGUGCAUUGCCUUUGCCGACUGCCGGGAACGUUUAUGUGGCAGAAUGUAUCGACAUUUCGCGAGUUCGAUGUAUUCCAGUCACCAGUUUCUCAAGUAUCGCUAUAUUUACAUAUUACUACUUUAAAACACCAUCCAGGUGUUUCGGUUCAGCCCUUCCUGUCUCGUCUUUUCAACUGGUGGGGCUGACCGGGCCCUGUUCCAUGUGCGCCGUCCCGUGAACUGGUUGCGUGACUCGGGGGCCUUCGUGCCGCGCUCGCUGAAGGCCGUCGUGCCGCGGGAUGGGCCGGUGCAGGCAGGCCGCUCCUCCAUAUAUCAUUGUGCAAUAGAUGCAGGGAUUUUCGGCCGGACAAAAAACAGUGCAUUCCUGUUGCGCGGACGCUAGCGGUUGGUAUUAAGGCGAUUUAAUACUAACAUCGUGAGACAUAGAGCGUUAUACCGCGAAAAAAGACUACUUUUUGUUUUGUAGUGAUGUAAGUACGCCUUAUACGAGUAUGAUCCUUUUCAUCAGGCGUUUAUUGGCAUUUUGUAUGCUCUGUGCCAAACGGGAUUCCUAGUUGUACUUUUUAGACGCGGCGAUGGAGUAAUCGUCCUUGGGAUGUGAUAUUCACAGGCUAUAGUGCACAGAACAGAGAAUACACGCCCGUGAUUCUGA